CCUAUUUACAUGAUCCCUUCCAAAGGGAAAUGAGAUGCACACUGGGAUGAUCCUGCUCCUACUGCCUGGUUUAUAGGAAAGAAAUACCUUGAGAAAACAUAUGUGAGCUGGCUGGAGAGAGAAUGUUUGGGAGACAGAAGCACUGACUUUCAGGAAGAGAGUAAAAUAGGAUUACGGGAAGAAAAAAGACCUUCUAAAAAUCAGAAUAGCUUCAACAUUGCUCACUCUGCUAAUGGAUUCAUUAUUACAGAGAGAUUGUGAACGGGACAAUGGGACUUUUAUUUCUUCCCUCGGGAGUGAGGCAAGAAAGUGGCUGCUUAAAUCACUAUUGACAUUCAGCAUGUGAAUUCCAGUUUUGAUUUUAUGAAUGGCCUCUAUCAUCACGUCUUGUGCGGACCGUCUCAUGCUCAUUGUGCUGUGGGGUUAGACACACUGUCACCAUCCCUAUAAAUAGCUGCAUUGGUUGCGAAGGGCUAUCAGAGCCUCCUCUGAAAGAAUAGGUCUUUUGACCAGUGGCAUUUUAGGCCACUUUUCUUCAAACUUUCUAGACAAGAUAGCAUGUUUUCCACUCUGUGGAUCCUAGAAAAUGGACAGUAACCAAAGUAUUGAUCUGUGAAAUUCAGGCACCCAGUGAGUGUGAAGAGCACACGGGGAAAACCAAAGUUAGGAGCAAUAGGACACAGCAUGCUCUCCAGAAGAAGUCUCAGCUGUGGGGCUUGCAAGGAGUAACAAACUGCUAUGCACAGAAAGAGAAGCUCCCUAUGAUCCAUCUGGAAUCUGAGCUGCUGUGCACAACUGCUGCAGUGUUGGACAGGUCUGCUCUGCACCCAAAAAUGCUCAAGUGUACCAGGGGAUGGGCGCUGCCUUUACAAGCUUCCCUCCACACCAGGGAAUCUGAAAAAAUGGGAUUUUUACAUCUCUCCAGCCAGCACUGAAAACGAAUGGGGAUUGAAUUGCUUUGCCUCUUUUUCCUAUUUCUGCAAAGAAAUAAUUAUGUGCAAGGGACCUGUUCUCAGGAAAGUGGAGUGACUUGUGAAGAUUGUUUGCUUUCCGGACCGCACUGUGCUUGGUGCUUCCAAGAGAAUUACACAGACUCAGCUGGAAUUCAUGGGAGGUGUGAUACCCCAGAAAACCUUUUGUCAAAAGGAUGCCAGUUGAAUUUCAUUGAAUUUCCCAUUUCAGAAGUGGAAAUUCACAGAAACAAACCUCUAACUAUAGCAACCCAGAAGGACAAUUCUGAUGUCACACAGAUUUCUCCCCAGAAAUUAACACUCAGGCUGCGACCAGGACAUGAAGAAACAAUCCAGAUCAAGGUUCGGCAAAGUGAAGAUUAUCCAAUUGACCUCUAUUACCUCAUGGAUCUUUCAGCUUCCAUGGAUGAUGACCUGAAUACAAUAAAAGAAUUAGGCUCAACUCUUUCCAAAGAAAUGUCAAAACUGACAAGCAACUUCAGACUGGGUUUUGGAUCUUUUGUUGAAAAACCAGUUUCACCAUUUAUCAAAACUACAGCUGAAGAAAUAAACAACCCUUGCAGAAGUGUGCCAUAUGAGUGCUUGCCCACCUUUGGAUACAAGCAUGUUUUGUCACUGACAAAUGAUGCCGAAAGAUUCAAUGAAAUUGUAAAAGGACAGCGAAUCUCUGCUAACAUAGAUACUCCAGAGGGAGGAUUUGAUGCAAUUAUGCAGGCAGCUGUUUGCAAGGAAAAAAUCGGAUGGAGGAAUGACUCUCUGCAUUUGCUGGUGUUUGUGAGUGAUGCUGAUUCCCAUUUUGGGAUGGACAGCAAGCUAGCAGGAAUUGUUAUUCCUAAUGAUGGGAACUGUCAUUUGGACCACAAUAAUGAAUAUUCCAUGUCAACUAUUCUGGAGUACCCCACAAUUGGACAAUUAAUUGACAAACUUGUGCAAAACAAUGUUUUGGUAAUUUUUGCUGUCACGAAUGAACAAGUUCACACAUACGAGAACUAUGCAAAGCUUAUUCCUGGAGCUACUGUUGGUCGACUGCAGGAGGAUUCCGGAAAUAUUCUCCAGCUGAUCAUUGCUGCAUAUCAGGAGCUGAGGUCCGAAGUAGAGCUGGAGGUCUUGGGGGACACAGAAGGACUCGAUCUCUCUUUCACUGCCAUCUGUAACAAUGGGACCUUUUUUCCACAUCAGAGGAAAUGCUCUCAUGUGAAAGUGGGAGACACAGUCUCUUUCAAUGUGACCAUAAGUCUGCCCACUUGUGAUAAAACCACCAGGUAUGUUGUGAUAAAACCAGUGGGUCUCAGUGACAUGCUGGAAAUGGAAAUCCUCCCUCAGUGCAGCUGCAGCUGCCAGGCCAAGGCUGAGAGGAACAGCUCGAAAUGCAACAAGGGGAAAGGCACUUUUGAGUGCGGAGUGUGCGUCUGCCACCCCGGGUACAUGGGUCCACACUGCGAGUGUGAUGAGAAUGCUCUCAGCACUGGAUCCUGCAAGGGCUCUGUGGAGCAGAGCUCCUGCAGCGGGAGAGGCAGCUGCUAUUGCGGGCAGUGUGUUUGCCACCCAUCCAUGUAUGGAAGAGUUUACGGAGCGCAUUGUGAGUGUGAUGACUUCUCGUGUGUGAGACACAGAGGGCUUCAGUGUGGAGGCAAUGGAGACUGUGACUGUGGCGAAUGCGUGUGCCACAGUGGGUGGACUGGUGAAUACUGUAAUUGCACAACUGACACCAGCUCCUGCAUUUCUGAGGAUGGAACGCUAUGCAGCGGGAGAGGUGAAUGCAUCUGCGGGUCGUGUGUGUGCAUUCAUCCAGGGGCCUCAGGCCAAACAUGUGAAAAAUGCCCACUGUGUGGUGACCCUUGCAGUUCCAGAAGGAGCUGUGUGGAAUGUCAUUUGGCUUCUGAUGACAAGCUGCAGGGAGAAUGCAAUGAAAAAUGCAAAUCAGUUGAUGCAACUGUCAGCACUGCAGAGGAUUUUUCAGAGGAUAAAUCCAUUCCUUGCUCUUUGCAGGGGGAAAAUGAAUGUAUAACCACUUUUCUUCUGGCUGAGGAUGAGCAGGGCAAGACAGUCAUACACAGCAUAAAGCAAAAAGAUUGCCCAGAGCUUCCAAACAUCCCAAUGAUAAUGGUGGGCGUCACCCUUGCUAUCCUUCUGAUUGGCAUUGUGUUACUUUGUAUAUGGAAAUUGAUGGUGUCAGUUCAAGAUCGAAAAGAAGUGGCCAAGUUUGAAGCAGAAAAAUCAAAAGUUAAAUGGCAAACGGAAACAAACCCACUGUACAGAGGUUCAACAAGCACUUUCAAAAAUGUAACUUACAAGAACCAAGAAAAGCAAAAAGGGGCCAUGGCUGCAGAUUUCUAUUAGCACUUUGAACCCUACAAACUUAGUUUUACUGUCGAGAAAUCUAAAAACACUAAUUUUUGUCUCUUCUCAGUUGAUUAUGUGCUCUUUGUUUGCACACUGCAGUAUAAUCAUUCUGUUAGAUAAAAUGUAUCUUGUGGUGGAAGAGCUAUAGAUAAUAAUAGUAGUAAAGGUUAAAGAAAUAUAUUUUUUACAAACUUUAAUAUUAAACAACUUCCAUCUCAGAAAAAAAUGGUAUCACCUAAUAUUUUAAAUUAGCUCAUUAAUACUGAGCUAUAUAUGACUUUGUUCAUCCACUGAAUCUGAUAUGUUUGUGUUUAGGAAUGUAUUUAUACCAGUCCGUUUGGUGGGCUGGCUUACAUUUAACAAGGUAAAUUUUUCAUAAAUGCUGCUUAAACUGUGGAGGUCAGUGGUUUCUCAUAUUGACUCUGUAACUGAACAGGUUUUCAUCAGAAACAAAUGAUGUGUGUUACGGCAUAAUUUCCAUGUAUCUAAGGUAUAUAAAAAUACUCCUCUGAAGUUCUUCCUUUUUCUCCUACUUCCCUCUUUCCUUGACCUUGAAUUGGUUCUGUUUGAUGCGGUUUAAGAAUCAAACCCCUAAGAUUAUCUCAGGGAAAGCUAAAUCAAGCCCUAAUUGACUCACAUAAAUGCUCUCUGUCUAGGUAUGAAAGACUUUCCCCCUCUUUCCUUUAAGUUUCAGUAUAGAGGAUCAAUAGCAAAAGAGAAAUAUUUGCAAAUUAGAGACAGCAAUAGAGAAGUUUUAGAUCAGAGGAUUUUUACCAUUCACUUCCUGAUUAGGCACUCAAAAUAAACUUCUCAUGCUGGACUAUUAUAUGAACUCCUGCAUGGGCUCUUUACAUGCAUGGAAAGCUGAAGCACAAAGGCUUUGUAUCACAAAGACAGUAGUUCUUUGUUGAGAAACCCUAAACUGAGAGGUUCUUUCAAUGCCCAGCAGCCAAACCAUGUAUUGAUGUGUGAAAUAAUAUAUAUUCUACUCUUUGGGUUUUUUUUUUCCAAACUAAGCAAUAGAUAGAUCAGUGAAUUUCACCUGCUAUUAAUUUCCAUGCCACUACUGAGGAUUUUUAAAUCUCACUUUUAACUCGGUACUAAUGACUCACCGUAACUUCUUAAAUUGUAAUGCUGGUAUCUUGACAUCAAGAAAAGAAGCCUCAACAACAUCAGCUAACCCAAUGGAUUAAAAAGUUACAGUUCUGGGCUAUUUUAGGCUAACAAUAGUGUAGUUUACUUUUUAAUAUCAUUUUUUUAAUGCUCUGGAAUAGAUGGUCAAAAUGCAAGUACUCAGAAGACUUAGAAAACAAAGAUAUACUGGCACAGUCACAGUUGGUGAUGUACAUUCCCUGUGGUAAAUUAUGCAUUUGAUCUAAAAACUUGUUGUCCAUUUUGUAAUGAAUACUUACAACGUCUGUGCAACUUCAGUCUCUGUAUCAUCUACAACCACUGGAUGUGAGACUGAUACUAUCAUGCCUGUUUUAGGGCCUGAUCCAAAUCCUAUUGGAAUCAGUGGCUACAGAUGAGGAUCUAGUUUCAGUGAAACUAUUAGUUUUGGUUUACAAUGAUUGUUUAGUUUAAACAAACCAGUUAAUACUGUCUAUUAGUGGGUUAGAACUCAUGGAACCUAUGUUUCUGUGCGAAGAGAAAUAAACAGUAUCUGCUGCCUUUGGGAAGAAGGUGCUGUGAUGAGCACGUAAGAAAUACAAAAUGAUUGCAGUAUGAAGGGAAUGAUGACUGUCAUUAAACUGGAACAGAUUAAUUACAGAUUACAUCUUCAUUUUUCAGUACUCUUGUGUAUCUCAAAAUGAAAAUGUACAUAGACAAAUUUUCCCUUGUUUUCUGCUUAUUACCUCUGUUUUCCCUUACUAUCUCCUGUUUCCAACCACUAAACUGCCAAAGAUAUAAGUGCAAGUUGCUAAAUCCUGCUUCCCUGAUACACAGAUAAACCCCUGGAGGCAAAGCUGGCCCCUGGGCUGUCUCAGAUUCUACUUGGGCCAGGAUUGCCCAAAGGAAUAGGGAAAUCUAGAUUUAGCCCAUGUGAAUAAUCUGUUACUCUUCUGUUUUUUAAGUAAAGACAUUGAAUGUCAAUAUUUUUCUGAAAGAAACUGACCUAGUAUUUUGUUGUUGUUGUUGUUGUUUUUACUUUUUAAAGUAUAACAAAAUCUUCACUGUUUAUUGAAUAUCUUUUAAGUUCUGUUUCUGAUAAAGUUCAUUCUGCAGCUCAGUGGGAGUGUUGAAAGCUCUUCUUCUGUAGGUCACCCAUUUCAACACUGAACUACUUUUCCGUAUUUAAACACUGUUAUCAAAGUAGUGUUCACAUUCCACACAAAAUGUCUGUUGGUCUGCAUUCUGUGUUUCUAUAAGAGAUUUCAUUUCUCUAAAUUCUGCAGUCUGUUCACAUCACUUACAUCUUCUGAUUGUCAGCAAAGAUCCAAUUUGGGAGGGAGACAACAUUUACACUCCAGUUAAACCUCCUAGCAAUGUCUCUGCAAAUUAUACAGAAAUUGGGCAGUGUCUUCUGCAGUUUCCCUGCUGUGACCAAGAGUAGUACAAAUGUGCUGUGCCACUUUCAAAGCUGUCAGGAAGAAAAUAACUGCAAUUAGAAGAGAGUAAAUAGAAUGGCUUGGUGAGAAAGCCCUCUGCUACUGAGGAAUGAACCAAGCUUUUAACAGCGUUAAUUUAGAUCAUACAUUUUUACCAAAAAAAAAAAAAAAAAGCAAAACAAAAAAAAUCCCCACAAACAUAACUGGA